CUCUCUCUCUCCUCAUGAAUAACAUAUCCAACUGUGUUUUAAUUAAAAUCUUACUUUAUAUACCUGAAAAGGAAAGGAGAGAAACUAAAGCAUCUCUCAAGUUAACAUGCAAACAUUUGUAUAAAGCAAUUCGCUCUAUCUUUCCGAACAGAAUGGUUAAACUUUCCUCUAUUGACGCUAUCAAUGACUUUUGUAGUUCUCUUCAAAGGGACUCUUCUUGGUGUUUUGAGAUUAACGGUUUACAAGUCAACGAAGAAUCAUCAUCACAACUCAGCAAAGCGCAACCUGAUCUUAAUCUUCGUACUGAAUAUUCUCAUCUUUAUAAAAAUUUGCCAGCUAUUUUUAAGCUUUGCUCAAAUCUAAAUCACCUGUCAGUGAGUGCUCGAAAAGAUGAUUGCUUUAUUACGUAUUUCACAAUAGUCAGAGAUAACACUUGUUAUUUAAAAAACUUGCAAAGACUGGACGCACCUGGAUUAGGAAGAUGUUCAAAAAGGACAGCUAAAUUCUAUUUGGAUACCAUUUUAAAUAUAAAAGACAAUAUAACACAACUUGAAAUUAAUAAAAAUACAUUAUGCAAGGUGAUAGUCACUGAUUUUGGAAGACUGGAUGCAUUUACCAAGUUAUUCCCGCAUUUACACCACUUAAAAAUAAGAGCCAAUAAAGUAUGGAAGAAGGAAUCUGUUCAUUUUGUAGAGCUGAUUGAAAGUAAUAAAGAAUUGAAGACAUUCAGUUUUAUCAGUAAAAAAACAUUUGAGAUUUGCAUGGUAUCAGAUACUGAUUUAAAAGAAAAGAGGAUAACAAAUAGUAAUUCACUUGAACGAGUUGUAUUAAGUACAGUUUCAUUACAUAUAAAUACAUUACGGUAUAUCAUAGCUAAAUGUAAAAGACUACAUCAUUUUGAGCUCUAUGUUUCUAAAGGCAUCGCACCUUUCCAACUACAGCAAACACCUACCACUAUGUAUCAAUUUAUUCAACAUCAUCUUGUGCCUUUUAUAGAAGAUAUUGCUAUUGUCAACUUGAACAUUCACUUUGGAGGAAGCAAUCAAAGACUUCAAAUGCAAAAAGGUCAAGAGACUAAAUUUAUUUUAAAAAGUUUACCUUAAAUGAAUUAUUUCUAAUACCGUUGACUUCUACACUAUAUGUAUUUAAUUAUGGAAACCAUUUGCUCAGUAUUACUCCAACUAUAAAUAUAUAACAGUAUUAAAAGAUAAAACAUGUCAUAUUA